GUAUACACACACAGACAGGUUGAUAGAUAUAGAUAAAAUAAACGAGUGCUCUGUGUCUGGAAGAGGAGGAGGGUUUUUCUCGGACAGAGGAAGUGAAGCAAUCUUGAAAAGCUCAUACAUCAUCACAGUACUCAAACCCUGCAGACUGAAGCAAAGCAAGAAUGUUUUGCGUUUUCGCUCUGAUUUUUCUGCUUGUGAUUCCUGGGAUUUGCAGCCAGAAAUGGCAUGUUCAGUACUCAAAAAUGGCAAUAUGUGCUUUAAAGGGUUCAACAGUACAAUUAUCAGGCAGUUAUAAACACCCAGAUGGUCUCACUGUGACAGAGAUAUUUUGGACUGUAAAUCCAAAACGAGGGGAAGCCAUCAAUCUGCUGGAUAAUCCAGAUUACACAGGCAGAGUUGAGUUCUUUCAUAAAGAAAACUUUUUUUUUCUCAAACUCAGUAAUGUGAGACAUGAAGAUGAAGGACAGUACUGCAUCAGAAUUGAGACAAAGGUAGAAAUAGAGCAAUAUCUGGGUUAUCCUGGGACUGAGCUCACAGUGACAGAUCUCAGAGUGGAGACUCCUGAAGAGGCUGUUGAAGGAGAGUCUCCAGUCUUAACUUGUAAAAGCUCCUGCAAUCUCAGCAGCACAAACUUCAGCUGGUAUAGAAACGGCGAGUCUUUCCCAGAAUCGGAGCGUCAGAAUCAGCUGAUUCUGAAGUCGGUCAGCAGAGGAGAUGCUGGAAACUACAGCUGUGCAGUGAGAGAUCUGAAUCAUCUGCCAUCUCCUGCUCUCACGCUCAACAUCAGAUAUCCUCCAAAGAGCGUCUCAGUGUCCGUCAGUGGAUCUGCUGUAAUAGUGUCUGGAGAUUCAGUGACUCUGAGCUGCAGCAGCGACUCAAACCCUCCUGCUGUCAACUUCAGCUGGUUUAAAGAGAAUCAAAGCUCAGCUGUUGGAUCUGGACAGAGUUUCAGCAUCUCCAGCUUUAACUCCAGUCACAGUGGACGAUACUACUGUGAGGCUGAGAAUAAAUAUGGCUCUCAGAGGUCAGCGUCUGUGUCUUUAACAGCUACAGAUGGCCAAAAUACACUUCUGUACGCCGCUGCUGUUGGAUUGGGGGCUGCUUUCAUCUGCAUCUGCACUAUUAUUGUGGCACUAAAGAUCAUAAGAAGGAAGACAGAAGACGCAGAAGUCCAAGGUGACUUAUCAAAACAGGAAAACAAGAGCACAUCAGUGAUGGAUCAGAUGAACUCAUGUAAUCCAGAUCCAGACGUCUGUCAAAAAAAACCCAAAGAGCAUCAAACUGCAGGAGAUGAGGAUGAUGUUCAGUACGCCAGUGUUUAUCACGUCAGAAAUGCUGACAAAACGACUGUAGAGGCUGAAAGUCAGUAUGGAAAUGUGAGCAAUCGCAGAUCGGAUGAUUCCUCUGUGAUCUACAGCAGCAUCGGUGUUUCAUGAAGAAUAUGAACUGUCAUUGUUAUGAUCACCAGCUAUCUAGCAUUUGCAGAUUGUUGUAGAACUACACACAUGCCACGUUAACAAACGACAUAUCCCAUCAGGUAUCACACACACACACCAGUUCCAGUUCUCACCACUGCUGAAGCUCAUGAAGACUGAUGACCAGGACUAUAAAUACACUUCACUCACAGACACUUUGCUGAGUCUUGUAAACUAUGAGCAAUUUAAAGUGUUUUCCUUGUUUAGCCCUGCUGUGUUUUGACCCUGUAUUCUGUUUAUUGUUUAUGUUGUUUUGCCGUCCGUCCCGAUAAUUCGCCUGUUAUUUUGACCUCACUUUGGAUUAUCUGCAUGCUCCUGUCUGUCCGUUUUGACUUUUGCCUGCCUGACGAAUCUCUUAAUAUACUGCAUUUGGAUCUUCA